GCCCCCUGCCUGCAGGCAUUGCCGAGUCACACUGACAUUGGGCUGCAGCGGAGACUGCGGGGAGGGGGUGACCCAGGCUGGGUUAUAUAACCAGUUCCUCUGCUUUGUGUUUUAUUCCUGCAGUGUCUUCUGCCACAGCCUCUAGGAAUACAGAGCCUCAUCCUCUCUCACUAUGUCUGGGAAAAAGGUUAUUGUUGUCUUCGGAGCCACAGGAGCUCAGGGCGGGUCAGUGGCCACCGCGCUACUACAAGAUGGCUACUUUGCGGUCAGGGCGGUGACUCGGGACAUCAGCAAACCAGCAGCUGUGAAGCUGAGGGAGGCCGGGGCGGAGGUGGUGUGUGCAGAUCUGGACAAUGAGAAAAGUCUGGUGGCCGCGCUGACCGGAGCCUAUGGAGCUUUCGUGGUCACCAACUUCUGGGAACACUUCAGCAUUGAGAAGGAGGUGGCCCAGGGAAAAUUGAUCGCAGAUGUAAUCAAACGACUUGGCCUGACCUUCGUGGUCUUCAGUGGCCUGGAAAACGUGAAGAAGCAGACGGGGGGGAAGCUGGAAGUGCUCCAUUUCGACGGCAAAGGGGAGAUAGAGGAAUAUUUUAGACAGAUUGGAGUCUCUAUGGCCAGUGUGCGACUUCCCAGUUACUAUGAGAACCUCCUGACCUACUUCAGGCCCAAGAAGAACAAGGACAGUGACAGCUACUCUCUGGCCAUGCCCAUGGGUGACGUUCCGCUGGAUGGGUUGUCUGUGAAAGACUUGGGUCCUAUCGUUGUCAGUAUCCUGAAGUGUCCGUCGCAAUACGCCGGCAAGGACAUUGGGCUCAGCACGGAGAAGCUGACGGUGGAGCAGUAUGCAGCUUUAAUGUCCAAAGCCAUUGGAAAACCCAUCAAGGAUGCCAAAAUAUCCCCUGAGGCCUACGAGAAGCUGGGCUUCCCGGGAGCAGGAGAGCUGGCCAACAUGUUCCGCUUCUACAUCAUGAAACCCAACCGGGAUGUGGACCUCACCCUCAAACUCAACCCCAGGGCCAGGAAGUUCCAGCAAUGGAUUGAGGAGAACAAGGAGGCUUUUCAGGACCUGUGAAUGAUUCCCUCGGCACUGGCUGCAGAUUCCAAGCAUAAGACUAUAAAACAUUGCGCUCAGUGUGAGGCGAUGUUCCCUGGACCAGCAAUGUGACACGGACAUCUCUUUCUUUUUCUUUUCUUUUUUUUAAUGUUUUUUAUUACAUUUUUUAUUAAUAAAAAACAAUGACAACAUGA